AUGCAGAUGGAGUAUUCUUCCACAAUGAAGUCUGAGACCGAGGCUCAGAUGGACCGACUCUACCCCUCCCUGCCCUGGACCCACAGGGGCAGCGAGACCGAGACCGAGACCAGCAGAGAGGCAGAGACCAGCAGAGGGACCGAGACCGAGACCAGCAGGGGCUCCGUGACCAAGACCAGCAGGAGAACCGAGACCAAAAGGUCCAGGUCCAGCUCGCAGAACCAGUCCUCGCAGAACCAGUCCUCGCAGAACCAGUCCUCGCAGAACCAGUCCUCGCAGAACCAGUCCUUGCAAUCCUCACUGAACCAUGAGGACACUGUGCCUCAUCGUCCCGGAUCUCCACCAGAAAACACUCAGAACCUGGAGUUCGCUGGAAAAAUGAAAGAGCAGAUCAGGGUGUUGGAAAUGCAGAAACUGGAGCUUCUUUCCAUAAAUGAGCGAUGGGCGAAGGAAUACCGCGUCAUGGUGCAUUACUACAAAGAAAAGCUGCACACUCACAAAGCCUCACUCCCUAAAGAGAGCAAUGAUCGGAGUGAAGACCUGGGCCACGUUUGCAAACUUAACUUACUCAUGGACAACACAACAACAGGAUGUUCUGAGGAACUGGUAAAAGCUCAAAGUGACGCAAGAGCACUACAGGAGCAGAACCGCACCUUGGCCAGAAGAGGGCAGCACCAGCGCAAGGAGAUCACACGCUUGAAUAAGGCUUUGGAGGAUACUUUUGUGACAACGUCAUCGUCACGGGAGAUGAGCCAUGAAACACUACAAGACUUAUGGAAAUAUCAGGCUGACGUCUACAAAGAAGACUUCCUGACAGAGAGGAAGGACCGAGAAGCUCUUCAAACUAAAUACUUAGCUCUGGAACAGAAAUACAAACGAGUCCGGAAUGAGCUGUACGUCGCCAGAAGCCAGGUGCCGUGUGCUCAGUGUGAAUGCACCUGCACACAUCCUGGGACCGAAGACCUGAAGCUGCAACAACGAAACACGUGA